CCAAAUUAAUACCUCCUAAUCAACGGUGUACACCCGCGUACCCUGACAUCCAACGGUUGAAGUUUUUUUCCUAGGAAACGAAGAAAUAGAAAAAUAAGGGAAAAAAAAAUCCACCGAUAAGAAAAAGCUGAAAUUAGGGUUUCGGUCCGUAUAAAAGAACUCCCAAAUCCCCGAUUCUGUUUCAAGCUCAAACAGAUCUCUCUUUCUUUCUAUUUGUUAUAGUUUUUUCAAUAUUUGCUACCAAUUAUGGGAAAGGGUCCUGGUCUCUACACUGAAAUCGGCAAGAAAGCCAGAGAUCUUCUGUACAAAGAAUACCAGACUGACCAGAAGUUCACCAUCACUACCUGCUCUCCUACUGGCGUUGCCAUUACAUCUACAGGUGUAAAGAAGGGUGAGCUGUUUGUGGCUGAUGUCAAUACUCAGCUGAAGAACAAGAAUAUCACUACUGAUGUCAAAGUGGAUACAGACUCUAAUCUAUUUACAACCAUUACAUUUGAUGAACCUGCUCCUGGACUGAAGGCAAUUUUGAGCUUCAAAGUUCCAGAUCAAAGGUCUGGAAAGAUGGAGAUUCAAUAUCUGCAUGACUUUGCAGCUGUAAGUUCUAGCAUUGGGUUGACACCUAACCCUAUUGUUAACUUCUCUGGUGUGAUUGGGUCCAAUGUUACCUCACUUGGCGUGGAUCUGUCAUUUGACACCAAAACUGGGAACUUCACAAAAUGCAAUGCUGGACUCAGCUACUCAAGUGCAGACCUAGUUGCUUCAUUAACUUUUAAUGACAAAGGUGAUUCCCUGAAAGCAUCCUACUACCAUAUUGUGAACCCUUGGCUUGCUGCUGGUGCGGAGGUGAGCCAUAGCUUCUCAACCAAUGAGAAUACAAUUACAGUUGGUUCCCAGUAUGCAUUGGAUCCAUUGACCACAUUGAAGGCACGAGCGAACAACUUUGGCAGGGUAAGUGCUCUUGUUCAGCACGAGUGGCGACCAAAAUCAUUCUUCACCGCUUCUGGAGAGGUGGAUACCAAGGCUAUUGAAAAGAGUGCCAAGUUUGGAUUGGCUCUUGCACUCAAGCCAUGAUCAUUCAGCCCCACCAUGUCGCUGGGUAUUAGAAGUGCAGUCAAGUUCUGUCUGGACCAAUUUUCCUGUUCUCAAGGUUGGUUGCAACCCUUUAGUCUGAGUUCUCAUGGUGAUGCCUCUUUCUUUCUUUUUUCUUGGUUUUGGAUGUAAAAAUAAAAAAUUAGAGGUGUCAAAAACCCAUGCCAUUACUGUCCGAGUCCCCGCAAUCUCUAAUUACUCCCAACUUAAAACUGAGUUGAAUACCCUUAUUUCAGAGGGUUUGGUUCAUAAUUUCUUUCCAAUUCUUUGAUGGCUGCGCCUAUUUGUCUGGUGAACAACAGCUUUACUUCCUGUUACCCAUUUUGGUUGUCAUUGUUGAAGUUGGUUGGUUCAAGAAAUUUAAUUUUUGUUGGUGGGAACAA